AUUUGAUUGGCGGCGAAGAGGAAUCUGAGGGCGUAUUUUAACUCAAAUUUAAGAAUUAUACCUUGAUAAGCAUGUUUUAUCAUCAAGGGAUACUUCAGAAAAGAGGAGGAAAAUUUGGGAUUAUAUGGCUUGCUGCUACAAGAAUAGAGCAUUUGAAAAGAAGAGAGCUCUGUGAUGUUAAUCUACAAAAGACCUGCGACGAGAUCAUUGACCAUAUAAUGGUGCGAAUGCAUGGAAGCACUUCAGGAAAGAAAAGAACACGUUUUUCUCUGUAUUUGUCCUCACAACUAAUGUAUGGUGUCACUCGAAUACUGGCAAAGCAAAGUGAAUUCCUCUUCGGAGAUGCAUCCACGUUCUUCACUCGAGUUAGGAUGGCCUUUAUCAGCGAUGCUGAAGCUGAUAUAGAUCUCAAAGGAAUCUUUAGGUGUGAGACGGUGACUAUUCCCGAUAUGGCAACCAUCGACUCCCCUGGGCGGCCUGGCUUUGAUCCAAACUUCGGUUUGAUGAGGAUGAGUUCCUCAGAGGCUAAAAUUACAUACCCAGAACUGGAAAUGUGGAGAGUAGAGUCGAGUAUGAUCAUCCCUGGGUCACCGUAUCUUAGUCCGAUCCCACGGCGAAGAGGGUCAUCAUCAUCAUCUAAAGGCGAUGGUGGUCACAUGAUACUUCCUGAAAUUGGGAGUCCUCACACAGUUUCCAGCAAGGAAGAAAUCACUAUUAGAGAAGAGGAAAUUAGAAUCCCAGACAUAGUGGUUCCUGGAGAAAAGGAUCUACCUGCUUUUGAUGGGAAGGAUCUAAACAUGAUCCUUGAGGAGCCACAGGACCCUAACGUCAACUGGAUGAGUGUGCUCUCCCCUUUGAGACAAGAUCAACCUCCCAAAGAGGCAACUCUUGAGGAAAUGGCCCAGGAUCAGGUAACUCUUUCUCCAAAGGAGACUACACCAUUUUCUAGGACAGAUGGAGAAAUACCUCAGAGAAGGGAAGUCACUCUUUCCCCAGGAGUGACACCUAUUCCUAAGAUCGCACCAAUUCAAGCCCCAAGAAUGGCUAGUAUUUUUAACAAUGUUCUAUUGUUCAAAAUUACGAGUUAUUUUACAUAA